AACGCACAUCCAUCCAUCUGGAGAUUCUGCCUGGCUUCCAUUUACUUGAUCCAGAAAUGCCGUCCUACCCUCCUCUGAAGAUGAAGUGGCUGGCGGCGGUGUGCCUAAUUACAGGAUGGAUCCCUAUUUCCCUAUUUCCCCAUCUUGCGCGGACACAUGCAAACGUUUGAUGGUGACUGUCUAAUCUAUCCUGCCCCCAAUGAAUCAUGUCCGUCAUCCCGUGUGAACUGCGCGUUCAAGGAGAGAUGGAUGAUUGCCUUUGCCUAGUUGGCUUGCAUUUCACUCAUCUUGGCCCUUCCACUCUCCCAUCCCUCGCACAGCUCGUUUCCUGGUCCGUGCGACUACUGGUGGCUGCACUACCAACCCCUUAACGAGACCCCAAUCUCCUUCGCGUUACCGUGAUAGCUUCGUCGCGAACUGCAUGUACCGGUCUCUACCGCCCGCCGCACAGCACCUCCGCUGGACACUGGCUAAUACUAACAAAGCGCCCAUUGUGCAUAGCUGGAUACUUUUAUACAAAUCAUUACCUCAGCGCUUCUGGGCACCGCUCCAUCCGUCGAUUCGCCUGCCGAUUGGGGGCGGAGAAAGGACCCCACCGGGUACCCGGACUCUUAACAAUUCCGAGAGAACUGGUUCACUGAGCCAGAGCAGACGCGAUGAUUGUUCGGGGUUCCACUUAAUCCAUCUCCUGGCCUUUGUGCGACUGUGUGCAGAACUCGUCGCCACCGGUGUAGAGGUUGAGGUUGUACGAAGUGCAAAGCACCAAAACCAAAACCAAAAACCCGAGAUGGGCCUCCACCAAACAACGGGAGAGCCGCCACCGCAUGCCGGGGAGCUUCUCCGUCUCAGUCAACGUGUACGAAGGUACAAUGCCAUCCCACGGCACCUUUCGAUCCUUGCACGCCAGCAUCGUCUAGAACCUGCAACAGAUGCCGCCCACGAAGCAACAUGAGUCUUCCCCGCUCUCAUGGCAUGCUGCGGUGUGCUGAUUGGAUCCGGGCCGGUGUAAGCAUCCAAUCUGUCUGGCCAUGUCGCCUGCUCCCGGCAUCUGGAGACA